GUAUCCCACCACCCCGCCCCUGCCCAUCACCCAUCCCACCUUCACUCUUCAACUUCUGAUCUUUUCGUCAAUCGUGUGUGUGUGUGUGUGUGUGUGUUUGUUCUGUCUGACAUGGCCAUGCCGCUUCCCCCUCCCAUGGACGAUGUUUUACAGGGGAGCGAUGCUUGUAAUCCUUACAGUGCAGUGGAUUACCGAACUAAGGCACACUUAGAAUUAGAAGAAGAAGAAAAUCUGUCUUAGGGAGAUAGGAACGCUUUCGGCGGAUGUAGUAGUUCGCUAGGCGACUGCUUGCCGCUCUGUCCUAUAGCUGUGUUAGUGAAGAAGAGGUUAUAUUUGAGGUGAGGCGAAACUGUAGAGGAAGUGAGGGCUGGCUUUAGCGCACACUUUGGUGGCUUGAAAUGGGAAUUUCAUCCGAAGAGGAAUUACUCUGGUCAGUGCUUUGAGUCAGGGAGGAGAAAGGAAGGUGUCGUCACAUGGAGGAGAUGUGUGGAACCGGGCCGAGGUCGAAGCGAUUGAGACUAGAGGCGGAUGAGGCAGAGAGAUCACCACUUCCUAGUCAAGCCCGACAGGACCUAUUAGUGCGCUACGACGUUGGACCGUCGCGGCUUAGUGCGCCAGAGACGAAGAGUGCAAAAACUUCUGUUCAUAAAUAUCACGUUGUCUCCCAUGCCUUGACGGUUAAUCGUGUUGAAUGUAGGGAAGCAUGGGCGACUGCGAUCACUAGAGAGGAGAAGCUCUAUGUACAUCAUUUUAGUCAAGCAACUUGGGCCGGAGCCCGUGUUUGUGCUUUCCAAUCAUCGCAGGAAAGUCCAGGGAUCCUGAAGAUCUUGUGUUUGAUGUUUUCCGGAGAGUCGGUCAGUUCUCUGCAAAAUAGGAGCUAUGCUGCUGGUAUCACGAAGCGGGAAUGGAAAUACCUAACAGCAUUUGCUGCCUGUUUCUUGACUAAUAUGGGAAAUUAUCUAGCUUUUGGUGGUAUAAAAAUUAUACCUGGAAUUCCCGAGCAGAAACUUGACACCAUAAUUAACUUGUGUGGGUUACAGGGAAAUAGGAAGGAAAGGCUGCUGGAACUCUGGAAUGAAACGAAAGAUAAGAUAUACUCUCUUAGAGAAGAUGAAAGGCAACUAGGACUCCCUCCAUUUGGCAUUUCUAUGUACUACCACUCAACUCUUCGAAAAGAAGAUAUUGACACUGUUCAGGCUUGGAUGGCGCAACAUGGUGUAGAAGGUUGGAAUACAAAAAUAUGGCGUAGAGAAGAGGAAAUGGAGAGGAAUGGACUACCGCUGUAUGAGCUGUGGAUUGCAUCUUCUGAAAAAUUGCCCACUGAGGUCUACACUUAUCGGGACAAAUGCGUGAUUGAAGUUAUUUAUGGACAUUUCUGUGAAGAAAUGAAGGAGGUUGUGGAACAUCUUGAAAGAGCUUUCCAUUAUGGCAACGGCCGUCAAAGAGACAUGAUUAAAGAGUUUAUUGAAUAUUUUAAGACUGGAUCAAUAGAUGCCCAUAAAAGAGCACAGAAGAUAUGGGUUUCUGUAAAGGAUCUCUCGUUAGAGACAAACAUCGGUUUUAUGGAGACAUAUCGCGAUCCCAUCGGUAUCCGAGCCGAGUUUGAAGGAUUUGUAGCAGCAGUCGACAAGGACAAGACCGUUAAGUAUUCACGUCUCGCGGAAAUAUCAGAACAAGUAUUGCGAACGCUUCCAUGGCCAAGGGAGUUUGAAAAGGAUGUCUUUCAUAUGCCGCAGUUCCAAUCUUUAACUAUGAUAUCUUUCGCUAACAGCAGCAUUCCAAUAGGAAUCAACCUACCAAAUUAUGAAGGAGUGCGCCGGGAAGUUGGUUUCAAGAAUAUUGUCUUGGAGAACAUUCUGACCGAUCAUGAGAACGUUGGAAAGGUGACAUUCCUAAUAGACGGGGAUCAAGAAAUCUUCAAAAAGCGAGUACAAUCUGCUUUGCAUAUCCAAAUUGCUUGUCAUGAACUCCUUGGCCACGGGUCAGGAAAGCUUUUCAAGCAGAGGGAUGAUGGUACUUACAACUAUAAAUAUGGAGAAAUCCAGCAUCCUUUAACAAAUGAAUCGGUGAUGAAAUGCUAUACAUCUGAUCAAACAUUCGACAGUGUUUUUGGUUCGCUGAGUGCCACAUUUGAAGAAUGUCGAGCAGAUUGCGUUGGGUUGUAUCUGAGCGCAGAACCAUUGGUGCUUAAUAUCUUCGGCCAUACUGAAGAUGAGGCGGACGAUGUUGUGUACGUCAACUGGCUUUGCAUGGUUCGAGCAGGGCUAGUUGCUUUAGAGUUUUUUAACCCACAAACACGAAAUUGGAGUCAGCCUCACAUGCAAGCGCGAUACGCUUUACUACGUGUCCUGUUGAGGGCUUCAGAAAAUGAAGCAAAAGACGAAAUUGAUCAGGCUGGUGGAAGUUCUGAGCCACCCUUCCUUCAACUGGUAAGUCAAGAAACCGAGGUUAUGAUCUCCUUGAAUAGGUCAAAAGUGCGCUCAGUCGGACUUCCUGCUCUCCGAGAUUUUUUGAAACGUCUUCAAGUGUACAAAACCACAGCAGAUGUGGAUAGCGCACGUGCCAUGUAUACUGAGAUCUCUCAAGUGCCAGACAAUUUGCUCGCCUUGCGACGGAUAGUCUUAGUCAAAAAAAGGCCUCGGCCUCUACUUGUUCAGGUGAACACAGUCCUGGAUGAAAGCUGCGAAGAAGGUGUGCGGUUGAUAGAUUAUCCGACUUCAUUUGAGGGAGUCAUCGCAUCGUUUGUCAAGAGGUUUGAGGAAUGGACGCUUACUUGCUGAGAAUUAUCAUUCAUACUCGACAAAGUAGCAGUUUGAAAUGCGGCAGAGAUAUUUGCAGCUCGUAGUCGUUUACAAAGCGUCAUUGCUGAGCUCAAAUUUUUAGGUGUUAAAACGCCACAGUAAUGUAGAAGUUAGCUCAGAAUGAAAUGGAGAUUGUAAUCUCGCGAAUUCAAAUUUCAUACUCUCAA